CUGGACACUGGUAUGGCACAUGACAGUGAUCAGGGUGCUGGUAUGGCAGUGAUCAGGACAUUAGCAUGAGGUAUAGCGGUGAUCAGGACGCUGGUAUGGCAUAUGGGGGUGAUCAGGAUGCUGGUGUGGGGUAUGGCAGUGAUCAGGACAUUAGCAUGAGGUAUGGUGGUUAUCAGGAUGCUAGUAUGGCAGUAGCCAGGAUGCUGUUAUGCAGUAUGGGGGUGAUCAGGAUGCUGGUAUGGGGUAUGGCUGUGAUCAGGAUGCUGGUAUAGGGUAUGGUGGUGAUCAGAGCACUGGUAUGGGGUAUGGCAGUCAUCAGAAUGCUGGUAUGGGGUAUGGUGGUGAUCAAGGUGAUGGUAUUGGGUAUAGCAGUGAUCAGGAUGCUGGUGUGGGGUAUGGCAGUGAUCAGGACGCUGGUAUGGCAUAUGGGGUGAUCAGGAUGGUGGUAUGGGGCAUGGCGAUGAUCAGGAUGCUGGUAUGGCGGUGAUCAGGAUGCUGGUAUGUGGUAUGGUGGUGAUCAGGAUGCUUUAUGGGGUAUGAUGGUGAUCAGGGCACUGGUAUGCUGUAUGGAGGUGAUCAGGGUGCUGUUAUGGCAUAUGGCAGUGAUCAGGGUGUUGGUUUGGCCUAUGGCAGUGAU